ACCGUCCUUCUCUCUUUCACUUCAUUCUCAAAACCCUCUUUAUCAUCUCUAUAUUUUCUCUCUUACUCUCUCUUUUUAACAAUGGCAAGAGUUGGCAAGUUGACAAAACUCAAGUCAGCCAUGAAGAGACUUCCAUCUUUGAGCAAGCUUUCGCGCAGUAGCAGCAGCAUAGCAGCCUCGAACAGCAUGGAAUCUGAUAAUCACCAUGGGAAGGGUUCAGAGGAUCUUCAUGCAGUGUAUGUGGGGAAGUCAAGGAGAAGAUAUUACUUGAGUUCUGAUACCAUCUGCCACCCUCUCUUUCAGGAGCUGAUUGAUAGGUCGUCAAGUGAUGGGGAGUUUAGUGAAAGAAAUGGAGAAAUUGUGGUGUCUUGUGAAGUUGUGUUGUUUGAGCACAUGUUGUGGAUGCUUGAAAGUGGUGAAUCUCAGUUAGGUUCCAUGCAGGAGCUUGCUGAGUUCUAUACCUGUUGAUUAUUGCUGUUUUUAUUGCCAUUAAUGAUGAUGAUCAAAGUUGUAAUUAUUAUUAAUUAUAGGCAUGCCAAUCUGGAUGUUGAGGAUUAACCCAUUUGCUACACCCCCGCUGAUGAAGAAGAAGAAGUUCAUGAAGUUGGUUAGGAUGAAUUAGGGUUCUUGUUAAUUAGUAUCAAGAACUUGACUACGAAUAUUGUACUCAAAGUGUGUUCUUAUCGAAAUCAAUUAUGUGAAUAUGAGCUUUUGAGUUUUUUUUU